CUGAUGCUUUUUGUGGCUCAGUUCACCAUGUGUGAGGUACUGCGCCACAAACAUUACAGUAUGUUUACUUGUAAGGAGAAAACUGCAACAUUAGCACAUUGAUCCACAAAAGAAGGAAAUUUAAGUAUUCUUUCCUAUUCUAUACUAUUCCUAAGUAUUCGGAGGAUGACUUGGUCACAGCUGUACUACUACAAUACAGUCCCAUUUUUCUUGGCAUUGAAAGUGCCUUUCUUUUUGUUUAGCUUUUUCCUAUCAGUAACGUUAAGUCACUUUCAAAUGACAAGUGUUAUUUCAUGUUAGUGUUUCCUGAAAUCCAGAAGUUCUCAUAAGUAGCCCCAUGCAUAAGCAAGGCAUUGCUGCGAAGGGGGAGAGCCAUAACGCGGCUUUGUUUCUAUUAAGGGGCUCCAUUUUGGGUUGAUCAAGGUUGGACGAGCUCAACAUUAUUAGUCUUUCUACGGAAUCUCCUUUUUAAAAUGUAUACUAACUUCAAGACACGUUCCUUAUCAAAAAAAAACAAUGCCGAAUAAUUAAAGACAUCUAUGACUAUGAUUAUCAUUUAAUAAGCAUUUGUGUUAGGUUCUACUUUGGGGGGAGGGGGUCAUCAACACGCACGAGUGACUGGGUCACACAUUCAUGGCGAAAUAGAUACUAGAUGACCUUUUUAGUUGCGUCAAAAAAGUGGCGAGACUCGAGCCAAGCGUUGCCGUAGCAACGGCACUCGGGCUGGGCGGACGCCUGGGGCCGUUUGGGAUUGGUCAAUUGCCGUUCUUAGUACUUAAUCCGAUUGGGUUUGUGUCCUGUCCUCUGCCAAUACUUGGCGGGGAUUGGCUGCUCUUGCUUGCAGAAUAAGCGACAAAUCGAGGUGCCUCACAUUGCCUGUAGACGGAACGCUUCUUCUGUUGGCUAAGUUUUGCUCGCUCGCUUCAGUGUGGAAGCUUUUGUGUACCGUGCAAAUUGGAAAUCUCGUCAAGCAACCGGACUGGAAAGAGCCUUUGUCCGCUAGUGCCGUUGUUUGACGAUGGAGGAACAUCACACGACAAGGCAACCCGACAGCUCCUCCAACGAGGAUGUGGUCUCGCUGCGUUCCCCGGGAGAGGACAACAGCUGCAAUGGAAGCAUCCGAAAGGGAUGCGAUCCUUAUGGCCAAUCUCAACGCAGUAAACUGCAGAACCAACGAGCUCGCAUCAAUCAGCAAAUCAACAAAGAAAUGCGCAUGAGAGCCGGAGCUGAGAACCUGUUCAGGGCAACGACGAACAACAAAAUCAAAGAGACAGUGGCUCUGGAACUCACUUAUGUCAACUCCAAUCUACAGUUACUCAAGGAGGAACUGGAAGACCUCAACAGCAACAUGGAAGUCUAUCAGACUGAUAGUGAGGCGGUGAAUGUUCCUUUGAUCCCAUUGGGUUUAAAAGAAACCAAGGAAGUCGACUUCAGCACUCCCAUACAGGACUUCAUCCACGAGUACUACGGAGAGGACGGCUUACUCUAUCAAAAGGAGAUCAAGGAGCUUAUGGACCUCCGACAGGCCAUGCGCACGCCGGCUCGGAACCAGACCGGCUUGGGCUUGCUGAUGGAGUACUACAACCAACUGUACUUCCUGGAUCGGCGCUUCUUAGCCCCACAUGAGAACCUGGGUGUGCACUUCCACUGGUAUGACUCGCUGACCGGUGUUCCGUCAUGCCAGCGAGCGUUAGCCUUUGAGAAGGGGAGCGUCUUGUUCAACAUCGGCGCCUUGUACACCCAAAUUGGAGCGCGCCAGGAUCGUUCAGCCUCUGCGGGCAUCGAGCGAGCUAUCGAUGCAUUUCAUAGAGCUGCAGGCGCAUUUGAUUAUCUGAAGGAGAAUUUCUCCAACGCGCCAAGUUUGGACAUGAGCGGGCCAGCGCUGUGCAUGCUGGUGCGACUGAUGGUGGCGCAGGCGCAGGAGUGCGCCUUUGAACGUGUGGCUCUUGGCCCGCGAGAUGCAGACUUGGUCUCCUCGCUGCGCCUGGCGCAAGAAGCCGCGCAGGUGUCGGACGUCUACCUGCUGGCGCGGGGGGCCAUGUCGCAGCCGCCAAUGAAGAACUACGUGCCCUGUUCCUGGGCAUCCCUGGUUCAGGUCAAAUCGGAACAUUUCCGGGCGCUUUCACACUACUUUGCCGCCGUGGCGCUCUGCGACCGUAUGGCAUCUGAAGACACGGCGGAAGCGGAAAAAACUUUACUUCACUUUUACGUGAGCCCGUGUGCCAGGCCGCCGCUGGGCCAGCUAUUGGGAGACGCCCAACAAAGACGGAAGUUUGGUAAAGCCCACCUGCGGCACGCUGUGAUGAGACACGAAGAGGCUAUUCGGCUGCACGGCGUGUGCAAGAUCCUGCGGAAGAUAGAUACACUGCAGGACGUGCUGGUGCUGGCGCACAAGCGCUCGCUGGACAAGUACUCAGAGUUGGAACGAGAGGACGACUUUGAGCCGACACUGGAGGCUCCGCACAUCCGCCCAGCGCAAAGUCAGCAAGAGCCAGACAUGACCCUGCCCCACUUCGUCCCAGUCGCGGACCUUUUCCAAAGAUUGGCCGCUGGGGGCCGGCGCGCGCCGUUUGCCUGCCCAGGAGCGAAGGUGGACUCGGCCUUAUGCUCAGAGGAGACUCGCCAGUCUUGGUGGCUGGCGUGGCGGCCGGAGGCUGUGCGGAGGCUGAGAAAAGGGCCCUUGUCAGCCGUGGCAAAGAGAACACCGGCGGUAGGCCGACGUUGCGUGUCACCAAAGAGCAGAGUUCGGCCUCCUUACUCAACUGGAACAGGAAGAAGAGGGAAGGCAAACAGACUUGGAACAGACUGGGGAGUGCCCUCCACUUGUCUUUCGGAAACCUUGGCCACACCUCGGCCACGUCCCGAGACGCGACCGCAGAGCAGCCGCUCGGGGACUCGCGGCGGCAGAGUUGAGUACUCAGAACUGGCAUUUUCAAGUCUCUCCUGGGGAUGUUCGAGUCGGAAGCGGACCGCUCAGAUUUUGAUGCGUAUCAUUUUGAAGACUCUGCAGCAAAUGCGCUCAAUAGAGUCAAUCUACAAAUGUUUUCAACUACACAGGCUGUUGUCGUAGUCUGGAAAAUUGCUCGUCUUGCCAUCUUGCUCAGCGCACAAUACAACUCAACAGAACAUGGGCGUCUUGCCAUGCGCCAGCAUCUGGCCGCGUCACGCUUGACUCUAGAUGGCAGGGCCCACGGCGCUCCGUUCGAGUUCGGCAAUCACCGACAUGUGGUUGAAGUCAGCCGGGCGGCGGUUAAACGUCUCCACCAAGCCGAACGUCUCUUGCGUCUUGCUAGCGUAGAAGAGCUGCACCUGAUUGGCCAAACAUUGAGCCUGCACCACAGUCUAAUGGGGGGGAAUAAGGAGGGAAAAAAAAAACACACCGUUUAUACAGUCAGCUGGUCCACCUGCCGGAUGAAAACAAUUUGAACCAUUUGUGAGGUUUGAGCCGUGCAUCACUGUGAUUCUCCCUUGGCCAUUGCCUACUCGGCUCACUUACGAUGAACUUAGGGUCCAGCUCCGCCGUUACCAGCACGAUGCCCUUGUCCUCCUUCAAGUCCUGGAAGUGGUGGAGGAUCAUCUGGCUGGGAGCGCUCUCUCCGUGAGUCUGCCUCACACACACACACACACACAAGCCAAGGUCCAGCGACACUUGACGGCAAAAUAGGCGACGCGCAUGCUCACCUGGACGUUGAUGAGGGAGGUGAAGUGGACCUGGUGGGCGGACCAAUGACCCACAAAGAACUCGUAGCCCUCCUUCUGAGGCAACGCAAACAAGAACUGGGGGAUAAAAGCAUGAUGGUGUUCACGGGAGAGAACAGAAGGCCUGGUGGCACCUUGACAUCACGUGGGACAAAUGAAACUGCCUUUUUCUUUUUUUUUUUAAACUGUUUACCCUCAGUUUACCUUUACAAAACUAACUAAAAAUAAUGUCCUUGCUUUUAUCUGUGGCAAUUAACUUUGUUGGUUUUAAAUGUUGUUUUAGAAUAAUAACCAAAAUAAAGAUGCAUUGGAUUGAUUUUCCGUUUUUCUACAGCUCCAGUCCAAUUGCAGACGAUGUGAGGUGCUGCCGGGCACUUGGGUGCGGAUCUGGCACUGUAUGGGUGCGCUCGCUGAGAAUUUUACCGUGGGACACGCCUGCGCCCGAGCGCUGAUGACCUCGUAUGUCGGACUCUGCAAAACAGAGACAAAUGCGUCUGAGCAGCUUGACCGUGCGGCAGGAAAGCACGUGCCGCAACUCGACGGGUGUUUGAGGGAGCAACCAAAUACGUCAAGAUGAAGUGGACGUAACGCUCACCGGGAUGACGGCGCUGAUCGUGUCCUUGCCGGCAUAAUAUUUCAUCCAAAGCUGAGCCGCACAAACAGCAAGACAACGGCAAACGCCGGCACCAAGAAAUCAGAGCAAUAACAACACCAGGCAACAGCUUCACAAAAUCACCACAAACAUUGUAGAAGAGAAGAUCAAAAUUGCCGCCCGCAUUUCUCACCUCUGCAAUCUCGUCACCUGUCUUGUCCCGUAUCAGCCCCAGGUUGAGGACAGAGCCCAGCGACUAAAGAGCAGAGUGCAACCACAGCCCCCAUCAUCGUCAUCAUCCUCAGCCAGAAAAGCGUGCGGCCGCACCUUGUUUUUGGUGAAUGCUCCUGCGCUUCCAAGGCCAGUUGCCAUCUCGUCGUACUUUUCCAACUGCCAAGACAACACAAACAGGUUGAGCGCUCCUCUGCGUUUGGUUGCUCUUUCCGCACUUGCUGACUCAAUGUUCUUCUGAACCUGCUGCUCUGUGACUCUGACAAAUUCUGCUUGCUUGGAGUACCCGAGCACUUCUUUCUUGGACUCGUGGCGCUUCUCCAUCCGGGCCUUGAACUCCUCAGGCCUGCUACUGAAAGCACACAGCCAGACAACGAGUGAUGGCGCUAGCCGAUCACAUAUAGCAUGCAUGUACAGUGAUGGUACGGUUCCACUGCGGCCACAUUUCAACUGAUGCAUUUGCGGGUGCGUGCUCCUCAUCAGGCCCCUGUGUAACAUUUUACGAGGACACACCAAAGAUGUGCAAAUUGGAAUUCAAUCAGUGCAAAAAUACGCC